GGGAUGCUAACACUAGCAAAUGACAGUUUUUGCUCAAAAAAAAAGAAACUCGGUAGGGUUCUGGUCCACUAGCCUUGCCACGCUCAAAACUGAAAACCACCAAUGUCAAAGAUGAAAGCAAAAAAAAUAUUUUAGUCAAAUUUUAACUUUACCUGAAAAUAAUAAUAAUCUUCAAAUGGCUGUUGUAGCUGUUCCUUUCUUCCCUUCAACAAUUCUCAAGCUUGCUCCUAAGCUUAGCUCUUUCAUCUUUGACAUUCAUGUUUCACCUGCUUUCUCUUCAUUUUCUCUCGCCUUCUCCGCCACAAACUGCAACAAUUUUACUAACCGUUUCACUUUUCGAUUAACAAACCCCCGAAAACUCCGCCGGAAUCCGAGGCCUCCUUCUGCCGCCAUGAUAUUUCCUCAAAAUCCGGUAAUUUCCGACAUUUGCGCCACCUUAUUUUCCGGCUCCGUCGCUCUUUCUGUCCUCCGUGUCUGGGAGGAGACCGCCAAACGUCGCCUCUUUGACCAGAAACUGAAUCGGAAGCUUGUGCAUAUAAGUAUUGGGCUAGUUUUCAUGCUUUGCUGGCCAUUAUUCAGUUCUGGAUAUCGGGGAGCAAUUUUAGCAGCUAUUACUCCUGGCGUCAAUAUUAUACGAAUGCUUCUUAUAGGUUCUGGAAUAUGGAAAGAUGAAGCCACCGUGAAGUCAAUGAGCAGAUAUGGAGACUACAGGGAACUUCUUAAAGGACCACUUUAUUAUGCUACAACAAUUACUUUGGCUUGUGCGGUCUACUGGAGGACUUCACCUAUCGCAAUUGCUGCAAUAUGUAACCUUUGUGCUGGAGAUGGUUUGGCAGAUGUUGUGGGAAGGCGAUUUGGUAGACAGAAACUUCCUUACAAUAGGAACAAGUCCAUAGCUGGUAGUGUUGCAAUGGCAACCGCUGGUUUUUUGACCUCUGUUGGGUACAUGUAUUAUUUUUCCUACUUUGGAUAUAUUCAAGAGAGUUGGGAGAUUGUUUUGGGUUUCUUGGUUGUGUCUCUUGCCUCAGCCCUGGUGGAGUCACUUCCGAUUAGUACUGAGCUUGAUGACAACCUCACAGUUACAUUAACAUCAAUAUUGGUCGGUACUCUUGUUUUCUGAUUCAGGAAUCACCGUAACCUGUAUGCUACGGAUGGCAGAAGCUAGUUUUAGGAGCAUGGUUUAUUCGGGGCCAAUUUACUAUAAAAAAAAAAGUUGUGAUUUACUGUAAAAUAAAGUUCUUGAAAUUCUGACAAUGAUGAUUCCACUGAUGACUGGGAAACUAAAAUCUGUAUUUUAAUGGCAACAUUUGAGGCUUCAUUUCUUAUCCAUUAAUGUCCUGU